UUCAUAAAAGUGCCACCUUUCAUAUCAUUGAAAGUUAAGACAACACGUGGGCACAAGAGCAAACUAAAAACCCACACAUCACAGAAAGCAACAAACGACCAUGUUGUAAUCGAAGAUGCAGACUUUGCCACCAAAAUUAAAGAUGCAGACUUUACCGGGGUUUUUCCCAAAAGAAAAAGAGAAAGAAAAAGAAAAUGGAGGGCAGUCAACAGAGAAAGAGACUGAGACUGAGGCUCUUCGACAGCAAAUGGGUAUCUACGGUGGCGAGCAUAUGGAUACAGUGCAGCAGCGGCUCCCUCUACACCUUCUCCAUCUACUCUCAGACCCUGAAGACCACACAGGGCUAUGAUCAGUCGACCCUCGACACCGUUUCAGUGUUCAAGGACUUUGGAGCCAACUGUGGGGUCCUCUCUGGCCUCCUCUACUCAUGCUCCGCCACGUGGCGUGUGGUUUGGUUGGUCCUCUUGGGCAGGGCGGCCCAGUGCUUCUUGGGUUACUUCCUCAUGUGGGCCGCCGUCUCCGGCAUUAUUCCCCUGCCGCCGGUGCCGGUGAUAUGCCUUUUCAUGUUCGUGGCGGCUCAUGCUAUGUCUUUCUUUAACACUUCCAAUGCGGUCACUGGUGUCAGGAACUUCCCAUAUUAUAAAGGGACCAUUGUUGGCAUCAUGAAGGGAUUUCUUGGUCUGAGUGGAGCAAUAUUAAUUCAAAUAUAUUGGACAUUUUUAUACAAGAAACCUGCUUCAUUUCUCCUGAUGCUGGCACUGCUACCUACCAUAAAUACUUUGUUGCUUAUGUGGUUUGUGAGGAUCCACAAGAAGUACGAAGGAAACGAGAAGAAGCACCUAAAUAGUUUGUCGUUGAUUGCUCUCAUUGUUGCUGCUUACCUUAUGGGAUUUAUAAUAUUAGAGAACCUCCUUACGUUGUGCUUAGCCAUACGUGUCGUUGCUUUUGUUGCGCUUAUACUGCUGCUUGCCUCACCUCUUUGCAUUGCAAUUAGAGCACAUAAAAGGGAGUCUAAUAGGGUUUCACAGACGUUAUUAGCUGAGGGUGACCAGUUAAUAGAUGGUGAGUCCAACUGGCGAGAUACUGAAAAGAGCCAUAUACAAGAUCCUUCUGGGUAUCGCCAUUUGCCUAGCAAUAAUACUGAUCAAGAGCUGGAUAGUAAUGAUAGGACUUUGCAAUCCAGAGAAAAUUUUAAUCUAGUCCAAGCCAUGUGCACUUUGGACUUCUGGAUUUUGUUUAUUGCCAUGGUAUGUGGAAUGGGCUCAGGACUUGCCACCAUCAAUAACCUCAACCAGAUAGGAGGAUCACUGGGCUACAGAACCUUUGAGAAAAGUACUUUGAUUUCUUUGUGGAGUAUCUGGAAUUUCCUUGGUCGUUUUGGAGCCGGGUAUGUAUCAGAUCAUUUCCUGCAUUUGAGAGGAUGGGCAAGGCCAUUAUUCAUGGUAAUCACUCUAGCAGGCAUGAGCAUCGGUCAUGUGGUGAUUGCUUCUGGUAUGCCUUGUGCUCUUUAUACUGGAUCCCUACUGGUGGGUGUUUUUUAUGGUUCUCAGUGGUCGCUAAUGCCCACAAUCACUUCUGAGAUAUUUGGUGUGCUACAUAUGGGAACCAUAUUCAUUGCCAUUACCAUAGCCGCUCCUGUGGGAUCUUAUAUCUUUUCCGUGAGAGUGAUCGGGCAUAUUUAUGACAAAGAAGCGUCGACGGCAUGGAAUACAUGCACCGGAACUCACUGCUUUAGGUUAUCAUUCCUUAUCAUGGCAUGUGCUACCCUUUUGGGGUCUCUCACUGCCUUGGCUUUGUUCUUCCGGACAAGAAGUUUCUACAGUCAGGAUAUUGAUGGAACCAGCAACACCUAGCUCCUCUGUCCUGCUACAUCUCAACCUGCACUUGUAAAUUGUGAUUAAGGUGACCAUAAAGUCCAAUUGUCAAAAGAAAUUAUCAAGUUGCAGAUACUUUUAGUGUCUCAAGCUGCUUCGACCUCGCCGAGAUUUGCAUCUUUUUCUCUGUUGUCAUGUAUACAUUGGUUGUACUUUUGGAAGUCUGUCAUUUGUAAGCAGAGUUUCCUUCUAGGAAUGCCAUUCAAACGCUGAAACAGUACAGUAUUUUUCUCUAGAAGACUAGUUCUCCUCCAAAUUCCCAAAGGUUGUGAAUAAAACUCAGACGCUUGAUAUACA